AGUCUACUUUCUUCACUACUCUAUGUCUUAAUGUGUGUAUAAAAUAUACUUGUAUUUCUUCUCUCUCUCUUCGUCUCCAUCUGUCAUCUUAUUAUAGAGAGUCCAAGUGACUAAUAUUGACGAGGGAGCUUUAUGUGAUUGGAUCCAUUCGCAAUAUCAAAUCGUACCCCUCUGUUUGGUCUUUUCAGUUGUACCAAAAAACCCUCACAAACACCCUUUGCUCCACCUCCUAUUUGUUAAUAGCCAGGUGUGCUUCUGUGUUCUUGAGAAAGAGAAGAAUUUAGAAGAAAGGUUAGUGGGGAAUUGAGAGAAGACAUAAUAAUUGAGAGAUGGUGUGUGAAAUGAUGGGGUGGAAUUGCCGAAUUGUUGGCUGAAUUUCUGGAAUUUGGUUGACUACCCUGUAUCUAAUUAAGGAGCAUGUCCAGGCCACUUCAUCGAGGUGUUUUGGGCGGCGGAAGACUUCCAGGAAACAUUCAAGAUUAUAUCGAAGACUCUCAGAUGAAGGUUAAAAUAGAUAAGGAAGAUUUUGAUAGGAGUCGGACAUCCUCUGAUCAUGUAUCCUUAUCAUUAAGGAAUCCAUUCCAAUUCCUUUUUUCAGAAAACUCGUCAUCUAAACAAGAUUCCACUGAGAAUGGAUUUGUGGUCUCUGAUCCAUUUACCCCAACAACUUUAAGGAAUCGCCAUAUGCUGACGUUACUUUUUCUUAAAUUCAGUUUAGUUUUGAUAGUGAUUCUUGGUAUUUCUGUGUCAUUUCUGUGGACAAUCUCGCUCAUGACAGCUUCUAAAGGUCAUAUGCUUCAUGGGUAUAGACGGCUGCAAGAACAGCUUGUGUCCGACUUGUGGGACAUUGGGGAGCUCUCACUUGGUUCCACUAGGUUCAAAGAGUCUGAGUUCUGUUCUCUAGAAUCCGAAAACUAUGUACCCUGUUUCAAUAUUACUGAAAAUCUUGAGUUGGGUUUUACUGAAGGGAAAGAGUUUGACCGUCAUUGUGGGCCUAUGUCAAAGCAGAAUUGUUUAAUUCUUGCUCCGCCCAAAUACAAAAUUCCUCAUAGGUGGCCCACUGGAAGAGAUGUAAUCUGGAUUGACAAUGUUAAAAUUACUGCACAGGAGGUACUUUCAUCUGGAAGUUUGACGAAAAGGAUGAUGAUGUUAGAUGAAGACCAAAUCUCAUUUAGUUUUGCAUCUUCUAUGGUAGAUGAUAAUAUCGAAGACUACUCUCAUCAGAUUGCAGAAAUGAUUGGUUUAAGAAAUGAAUCUUAUCUUGUACAAGCUGGAGUGAGAACCAUGUUAGAUAUAGGUUGUGGUUAUGGUAGCUUAGGAGCACAUCUAUUCCCGAAACAACUUUUAACAAUGUGUAUUGCAAACUAUGAGGCUUCAGGCAGUCAAGUUGAAAUAGCUCUUGAACGAGGUCUCCCUGCGAUGGUUGGUUCUUUUGCUUCAAAACAGUUGCCGUUCCCAUCACUUUCCUUCGACAUGAUACACAGUGCAUGGGAUGGUGUUGAAUGGGAUAAGAAAGAUGGUAUACAUUUGAUAGAAGUCGAUCGAGUUUUGAGACCUGGAGGAUAUUUUGUUUGGACCUCGCCAUUUGCCAACACGCCAGCUUCUGUUCGUGAUAAAGAAAGUUUGAAAAGAUGGGAUUUUGUGCGUAAUUUUGCUAAAGAUCUCUGUUGGGAUUUGUUAUCACAGCAGGAUAAAACCGUCGUGUGGAAAAAACCUAGCAAGAAAAAUUGUUAUGCUUCUAGAAAACAUGGUCCUGGUCCUUUGAUCUGCAAAGAGGGUCGUGAUGUUGAAUCUCCAUAUUACCAUCCACUUGAGGCAUGCAUAGGAGGAACUCGUAGCCGGCGAUGGAUUCCUAUUCAGGAAAGGGCAACCUGGCCUUCUAGAGCUAUGUUGAGCCCCAAGGAACUUGCGGUGCAUGGUGUACUUCCAGACGACUUUACGGAAGAUAACAUUAACUGGAAGUCAGCAGUUCGAGAUUACUGGUCUCUACUCUCCCCACUGAUAUUUUCAGAUCAUCCAAAGAGACCUGGUGAAGAGGAUCCUAUUCCGCCUUAUAACAUGGUCAGAAAUGUCUUGGACAUGAAUGCCCAUUUUGGCAGUUUUAAUUCCGCCUUAUUGGAUGGCCGAAAAUCCGUAUGGGUGAUGAAUGUGGUUCCCACCAUUGGGGUCAACCACCUCCCCCUUAUCCUAGACAGAGGGUUUGUUGGCGUGUUGCAUGACUGGUGUGAGGCAUUUCCAUCCUACCCUAGAUCUUAUGAUAUGGUGCAUGCCGAUGGACUUUUAUCUCUUCAAACCGUAAAGCAGUCUCAUUGCAGCAUGGUGGAUCUUUUCUUUGAGAUUGAUCGAUUACUCCGUCCAGAGGGUUGGGUGAUACUACGUGACGCCGCCUCUCUGAUUGAAUCAGCGAGAGCCAUCACAGCUAGAUUAAAAUGGGAAGCACGAGUUGUGGAAAUCGAGAGCAACAAUGACGAAAAACUCCUUGUUUGCCAGAAACCUUUCGUAAGGAGCAGUUCAAACUCGUUAUGAUGACAUUCAACAUUCAUUUUCUUCAAAAUUUUCAGCAUUUUUAUUGUCGCCAAACUGAGGAACGUUUGGGCAGAAAAAGAAAGCCAAAAGGAACUAAAGUUAUUGGUGAUACUCGAGAGUCAAAAGAAGGUCCUGUGCCGCCAUAAGGUGGACGUAGGGCGGGUGUAAUUACACAAAAGUAUAGGUGCGGAAUUUUUUAUACUUGAAGCUUAUCGUCUUUCGUCUCGUAUGGAUACCGACUAUAUGAAUUUGAUGGUUAUAAGAAUAAGUAGAAUGGUAUAUAUACGAGACUUUGAUGAAACCAAAUAUUGUUGUUUCUUGACAAUAUUCUUCCCAUUCAUAAUAUAUUUGAAUUCUAUUCUUUGAUACUUGAUUAUC